CUGUCAUCCCUGUAAGCCUGACCUGUCUCCUGUCUCGCGCCAGGUCCGGGAAACACUAGCAGCAGAGACAGGCCUCAGCGUGCGUGUGGUCCAAGUCUGGUUUCAGAACCAAAGAGCAAAGAUGAAGAAGCUGGCUCGGAGGCACCAGCAGCAGCAAGAACAACAGAACUCCCAGCGGCUGGGCCAAGAGGUCCUGUCAAGCCGCAUGGAGGGCAUGAUGGCUUCCUACACACCACUGGCCCCACCUCAGCAGCAGAUCGUGGCCAUGGAGCAGAGCCCCUAUGGCAGCAGCGACCCCUUCCAACAGGGCCUCACACCACCCCAAAUGCCAGGGAAUGACUCCAUCUUCCAUGACAUCGACAGUGAUACCUCCCUUACCAGCCUCAGUGACUGCUUCCUCGGUUCCUCCGACGUGGGCUCCCUGCAGGCCCGUGUGGGGAACCCCAUCGACCGGCUCUACUCCAUGCAGAGUUCCUACUUCGCCUCCUGAGAGCCAGCUGGGCUGAACGGACGCUUGGGCACAGGCCUGGGUUGGGACUGCGGCCUUAGCAGCCACCCGACCACCCCCACCUGCUGCCCACACAGACUCU